AUGAACGCGGCCGGCGAGGGCGAGAGCUUCCCGGGCUCCGUGCAGAUUCCUGGGGGCACGACGGUGCUGGUGGAGCUGACCCCCGACAUCCACAUCUGCGGCAUCUGCAAGCAGCAGUUCAACAACUUGGACGCCUUCGUAGCGCACAAGCAGAGCGGCUGCCAGCUGACCGGCACGGCCGGGGCGGCGCCCAGCACCGUCCAGUUCGUAUCCGAGGAGACGGUGCCCGCCACCCAGACGCAGACCACCACCCGGACCAUCACCUCGGAGACCCAGACCAUCACAGUGUCAGCGCCAGAGUUUGUGUUUGAGCAUGGCUACCAGACGUACCUGCCCACGGAGAGCAACGAAAACCAGACCACCACCGUCAUCUCUCUGCCCGCCAAGUCACGUGCCAAAAAGCCCUCGGCGCCCCCUGCGCAGAAGAGGCUCAACUGUUGCUACCCAGGUUGCCAGUUCAAGACUGCCUAUGGCAUGAAGGACAUGGAGCGCCAUUUAAAAAUCCACACAGGGGACAAGCCCCACAAGUGCGAGGUCUGCGGCAAGUGCUUCAGCCGGAAGGACAAGCUGAAGACCCACAUGCGGUGCCACACGGGCGUGAAGCCCUACAAGUGCAAGACGUGUGACUACGCCGCGGCCGACAGCAGCAGCCUCAACAAGCACCUGCGGAUCCACUCGGACGAGCGGCCCUUCAAGUGCCAGAUCUGCCCCUACGCCAGCCGCAACUCCAGCCAGCUCACCGUGCACCUCCGGUCCCACACGGCUUCAGAACUAGAUUCUGAUGCCCCCAAACCAACUUGCCCCUCCUCCGACAGCAGCAACACCCAGAAAGCCCCUGUCGUGGCUCCUCCCUCCGAGUCAAAGCAACAAACGGCAACCCUGGGAGAGAGGACCUUCAACUGCUGCUACCCAGGUUGCCACUUCAAAACUGUUCACGGCAUGAAAGACUUGGACCGCCACCUACGAAUCCAUACGGGAGACAAACCACACAAGUGUGAAUUCUGCGACAAGUGCUUCAGCCGGAAGGACAAUCUGACCAUGCACAUGCGCUGCCACACCAGCGUGAAGCCCCACAAGUGUCACCUGUGCGACUACGCCGCCGUGGACAGCAGCAGCCUGAAGAAGCACCUGCGGAUCCACUCGGACGAGCGGCCCUACAAGUGCCAGCUCUGCCCCUACGCCAGCCGCAACUCCAGCCAGCUCACCGUGCACCUCCGGUCCCACACGGGGGACACCCCCUUCCAGUGCUGGCUCUGUAGCGCCAAGUUCAAAAUCAGCUCGGACUUGAAAAGGCACAUGAUCGUGCACUCCGGGGAGAAGCCCUUCAAGUGUGAGUUCUGCGACGUGCGCUGCACCAUGAAGGCGAACCUCAAGUCGCACGUGCGCAUCAAGCACACCUUCAAGUGCCUGCACUGCAGCUUCCAGGGCCGGGACCGGGCGGACCUGCUGGCGCACAGCCGGCUGCACCGGGCCGACCACCCCGAGAAGUGCCCUGAGUGCAGCUACUCCUGCGCCAGCACGGCCGCCCUGCGCGUGCACAGCCGCGUGCACUGCCCCGACCGCCCCUUCAAGUGCGACUUCUGCAGCUUCGACACCAAGCGGCCCAGCAGCCUGGCCAAGCACUUCGACAAGGUGCACCGGGACGAGGCCCGGACGACGGAGAACCGGGCCCCGCCGGCCAAGGAGGCGCCCCCCCGGGACGGCGGCGGCGGCGGCGGCUCCCCGCACGUGGCCAAGAUCGUGACUCAGAGGGCCUUCCGCUGCGAGACCUGCGGGGCCGCCUUCGUCCGCGGCGACUCGCUGCGCUGCCACCGGAAGCAGCACAGCGAGCAGAGCGAGAGCAAGAACGCGGACCUGGUCACCUUCCCGCCCGACAGCGGGGCCUCCGGGCAGCCGGGCGCCCUGGCCUCCUCCGCGGGGCAGCGGGAGGCCGCCCCGGAGCCCAGCCUCUGA